CUCUAUAGAAGAAAAUUCGACUGCUCUGUUUUUUCUCUCUCUUCAAGGGGAAGGGAAUGGCCCCAAAGCGCUCGAAUCAUCUAGAUGAGCCGCCUUCUGCUUCAUCUGAGGAAUCACGAGAAGAAGAUUACAUCGAUGGCCCUGACGACGAUGAAGAAGUAGAAGAAGAAUCUGAUCAAGUACAAGGAAACAAACCAGGAAAAGCAGAUUCUGAAGUAGAAGAAGAAGAGGAAGAGUCUGAUGACGAAGAAGAAGAAGAAGAAGAAGAAGAAGAAGAAGAGAUCCCUUCAAAUCCACAGCCUGUCAACGAGAAACCCUCGAUCCAAAAAAUCAUUCCAACCCCAAAUCCCAAAUCUUCGCCGGAAUCCGAUUCCGAUGACGUGUCUGAUUCGGAAUCCCAAUCUGACAAGACCCAACAAUCCCCUAGUGCUUCUGAUUUCACCAUCAAGCCAAUUGUCUCCUCCAAGACAAUGGCCGAUUCUUCUAAGGCCACGAGGCUUACUGUUUUGGCCAUUCCUUCAAAACGCCAUGCGGAGAAGGAAGACAAUGGCAAUGAUUCUAGGAAAAAGAAGAGUAAGGUCUCCAGUGUUGAAGAAGUUAAGGCUGUGGAAGAGAAAAAGGGUUCUGGGAUUAAUAGGUUGUGGAGUGAGGACGACGAAAUUGCAAUCUUGAAGGGAAUGGUUGAUUACCAGGCCAAAAAAGGGGCCGACCCUUACGCAGAUUUGGGUGCAUUUCAUGAAUUUAUAAAGGAAUCUCUUCAUGUUGAUGUUUCGAGGAAUCAAUUGACUGAUAAGAUUAGGAGGUUGAGGAAGAAAUAUCAAAACAACGCGGAGAAGGGUGAGAAUGGAGAGGGCCCUGUUUUUUCUAGAACUCAUGAGCACAAGUCCUUUGAGCUCUCAAAGAAGAUAUGGGGUGGUGGGAGUAGUAAUGCAGUGGAUGAGAAUGCCGGAAGUAACAAUGGGAAGGCUAGAAAAAUUGGUAAAGUCAAUAACAAUGUGGGUUCAGCUAACGAAGAAGAAAAGGAGAUUGUGGUGAGAGAGGAAGCAAAGGAUGAAGUGAAGGUUGAGAAAAAGGAUUUUUGGUCUGAGCACCCGCAAUUGAAUGAGGCGUUGGAGUUGGAGAAGUCUCUAUAUUUGUCAUUGCCAGAGGGUUUGAAAAAUUUUGCGAAAGAAAAAAUAGGCAUGAUUGGGAGCACGAAGGCAAAGGAGUUAGAGGAGAGGUGGAAGGAUUUGAGGGUGGAAGAGUUUGAGUUGUACGCCAAGCGAUUGGAGUUGAUUAGGGAACAUACUAAAUUGGUGUUGGAUGCUAUGAAGUCUUCAGAUUCUUAAAUCUUAGGUAAUUGGGCGGUUGGAGGCUUAUUUUUGCUUAAUUCACAGUUGCUGAAUUAAGGUUGUUGAAGUGUUAUUUAUUUUGCUCAAGCUGUAGAGCUUUGAAAUUUUUGUUUGGUUAUUAUAUUUCAGAGCUCUGGAUGAAAUAUUCCUUACUAUAUUUGUGAUGUUGUUAUUGCUGAUGCAAUACCAUAUUCUAGUGUUUUGAGUUCAUUUAAGUUGAGUUAUUUGUCUUACAAUUUAGUUUGUGUUUCAUAAGAAGCUGAUAAUUCCUUUAGUUCCCAAGCAUAUAACUCUGUUGCCUUUAUGACUUAAAUGCAUGAUUGCAU